CGCAGUCGCAUCGACGAUUCAAGAAGGCGAGAAAAAGUAGCGCCAGCCCGACGGCACCUUAAACUACGCCACCCUCUUGCGCCGUACCCAAUUCCAACCUCCAUCACCGUACUGUUGCCUCCCAACGCUUUCGUUAUUUCUACCGCUGCUGUUCCCACUCCCGGAGCUCCUCUUCUUCCCUUCCCCUCUUCUUCUUAUUCCCUCUGCUCCUCCUCCGUAAAGGCCGUUCCUCGCGUCUCUGUCCCGUAAGCGUGUCUUCAGAGAUCUGCGGAAUACCCCUCUCAACGUCUUCUUCCAUUCUCUUUUGCGCAUCUAGCUAUAACUUUUUGCUCAUCUAGCUCAUAAUGGCUGAUCCAAGCUCGGGCGAGCAUGCUUAUGCUACGCUUCUGUUGAACGAUGCCUACCUUCCUGGCGCAUUGGUGCUUGCUCACUCGCUGCGCGACGCCGGAACCACCAAGAAGCUCGCAGUUCUCGUCACUCUCGACGGUGUGACUGCCGAGGCUGUUGUCCAGCUCAAGACCGUUUACGACUAUGUCUUGCCUGUUCCUCGAAUCCGCAAUGACAAGCCCGCCAACCUGUACCUCAUGAACCGAGCUGAUCUGCACUCUGCCUUUACCAAGAUCAACCUGUGGAAGCAGACGCAGUUCUCUCGAAUUGUCUACAUCGAUGCCGACGUCGUUGCCUACCGGGCUCCGGACGAGCUCUUCGACCUCCCACACGCCUUUGCGGCCUCCCCCGAUAUUGGUUGGCCAGACCUCUUCAACUCUGGUGUCAUGGCGCUGACGCCCAACAACGGUGAUUACCACGCCAUGGUCGCCAUGACCGAGAGGGGCAUCUCCUUCGAUGGCGCCGACCAGGGUCUCCUCAACAUCUACUUCAAGAACAACUUCCACCGUCUGCCCUUCACCUACAACGUCACUCCUUCCGCGCACUACCAAUACCUCCCUGCCUACCGACACUUCCAGUCCAGCAUCAACAUGGUCCACUUCAUUGGUCCGGACAAGCCCUGGCGCGCUGGCCGCAACGCCUCAUAUGGCAGCUCAGCCUACGACGAAAUGGUUGGCCGAUGGUGGGCCGUGUAUGAUCGUCACUACCGCGAGAAGGAAAUUUCUCAGCUUGCCAACGGCAGUGGAAACUAUAACACAGCUUACGAGGCUCAGAAGAGUGCUUCCCUGGCUGAUACUCGAAAUGAUACACCUCAAAACUGGGGUGGCCAGAACCAGGCACCACGACAAAUCUUCCCGUGGGAAAGCAAGCAGACCAAGGCUACCAGAUCCUUCUACGGUGAUGAGCCAGAACUGCAGCCGCAAGCUGCGACCACCAAGCCUUCGGGUGCCCGUUCCUCAGUAACCAAAUCGCCUCCCAAGUCUCCAGUAUCCAAGACAUCGGACAAACAGAGCGAGGCCGGCACGGCAUCUUGGACAACAUACUCUCGAGGCAAUGCCUGGGAUGAAGACCCCGGCAUCUCCAAGUAUGCGGAAGCAGUUGAGAAGCGCCACCGAUCGAGCAGCCGUGGACAGGGAGGAGAUGAGGACGUAGACGACGACGAAGAUGAACAGGAACAGACAAAGCGUGGCUUCAAGGUUACUGACUUCCCUACUGAGACGGAGCGACCCAGCUUGCCAGUCACACCGGCCCCAGUUCCUCGGGGGCGUGAAGCCGCUGGAAAAGGUCUGCCGGCAGCUGAGGGCGUGCCGUCACAGGCCGAAUGGACUACACAUAUAUGCUGGGUAGCUGACGUGGAGUUUCCUGACAAGGAUCCCACAGCGCAAUUAGAGAAGCUUGCUCAACAGCAGUCAGCGAUGCUAUUGCGCAAGCUGGGAGGGGAGACGGAUGAUAUAUCGAGAGGAACGAGCCAAAGUAUUUCGACGCAGCCCGUUGGAUCACAGACUCGCAUUGCACAGUCAGUGCCUCAAGUGUUGAGUCCACGACCUGUCAAGGGGACAGCCGCGGCCGCAACCAGAAGUUUGGAGCGGAAGAUGGAUGCAGAAGCCGACAAGUCAUGACGCAAAAGAGAAAAAAAAAAUAAAGAAAACCGAAAAAGAAAAGUACAACAGUAACGAAAAAAGAAGGACGUUAUAUUGGAUAUUGUGUAUUGGGUUGGGAAAAAAAGGUGAAAGAAAAAGGGGAAGGCUAUUUAUACCUUUGAUUUCUUCUUCGCCCGCAUAAUUUUUGCUUAUUGCUACUCUAUUUUUUUUUUUUCUUCAACCACACUUCUCUGCAUAGCGACUGCACCAGCAUCGUCAUUUGCCAAGUACCCUUUCAUCGCGUGUUAUGCAGAGCGUGGCAUUGGGCUUAUCAGCAUUGGUUUCAUUUGUGUCCCAUUACUAUGAUCUUACUGUUUUCAUCUUCAUUUUUAUUCCAUACCGCUACUAUAUAUACGUACACAUAUGAAUUAAGCUCAUUGAUGG